AUGGCGAACCUUACCAAACCCGGUGACAAGAGCCUGAAGUUGCCAGAAGACGCUGAAAACGCUGUAUCGCCCCCUACUGACAGCGAAGAACAGGGGAAUGGCACAAAUAGCAAGCGUAAUGAACAGCUGAUGAAGCAAUACGGAAGCACGUGGGAUGGCCCUGACGAUCCUCACAACCCGUAUAACUGGCCAUCGAGCCGCAAAAUCACCACAGGGAUCAUAUUCUCUCUCGCUCAGCUCGUGACCUUGAUGACGGCCAGUAUGAUCGCGGCAGCUUUAGAGGAUAUCUGCCGUGACUUAGACAUAGGGGCUUCGGAGGCUCAGAUCAUUUUCUCCGCGUACUUCCUCGGGCUCGGCUUUGGUCCAUUCGUUGUCGCAGCGUUCUCGGAGAUGCACGGCCGAAAGUGGAUCUGGGUAUGCGGAAACGUCUGGUACAUUCUCUGGAACGCGCUGAGCCCGGUUGGCAAAUCGUCCAGCCUGAUGAUCGUCUCCAGGUUGAUGGCAGGUCUAGGAGCGUGUGCAGGUGUCACACUGACCGGCCCGGCCAUGGCUGACAUGUACGGUAAAAGAGAACGAGGCAAGGCGGCUGCCAUCACGGCCUUGCUGCCGUCGCUCGGGCCCGCUCUGGGGCCCAUCGUGGGUGGUCUGGUCACGCAACUGAUCGAAUGGCCGUGGAUCUUCUGGGUGAUGAGCAUCACCACGGCAGCGGUCACUCUGAUCGGAGGCGUGUAUAUCCAGGAACCAUACACACCCGUGCUCCUCCGCCGCAAGGCGCGCAGCCAAUACAUCACUAUCACGGAUGCACUCGGGUACAAGUUCUGGCGUGACUUUCUCGGACGUCUCGGUACCGGAAUAUGGCGUCCCGCGCGUCUCCUACUCACGAGGCCCGUGGUCCAGGCUCUCGCUUUGGUGCAGGGGCUGAACUUCGCCGUCUACACCUUGCUUCUAGGCACAUAUGCAACUCUGUUCAUAGAGCGGAGCGACUCUGGCGGGCCAAGUCGGAGCCGUGCCAUGGACUGGAUUUACAGCCGCCUCAGCGACAGACAUGAUGGACAGGGCAAGCCAGAAUUCCGGUCGCCGUAUCUGGUACCGGGGGUAGUUCUGACACCGAUUGGCUUGCUUUUGUAUGGAUGGGCGGCCGAGUAUCACGUCGACUGGCCGGUGCUCGACCUUGGCGCCGCCAUCUAUUGUUGUGGGAGUGUCAUGGUGACGCAGAUGCUGUACGCUUACCAGCUUGACGAGUUCGUCGAGCAUGGAGCUUCGGCCAACGCGGCCACGCGGAUGCUGUCGUAUGUCUUGGGAUUUGCCUUCCCAAUCUUUGCGCCUCAGCUGUACGAGAAACUAGGCUACGGAUGGGGGAAUAGCAUGCUUAGUUUGGUCUGGGUGGUACUGUGUUUUCCAUUGCCCAUAGUCUUUUGGGUUUGGGGGGAGCGACUGCGGGCAUGGCGCAGAAGUUCCAAGGAGGGCGUCAUAGAAGGGAUGGAAGCCGGAGGCCUGAUCCGGGGCGACGAGGAGACACGGAGCCGAGGGCGGACCGGCAAGCCCCACAGCACAGCAUCGGCGGCCGUCAGUCUCGCGGACUUUUGGCCCGUGCAGUCACGCCCGCCCAAAGGGCCGGUUGGCCACUUGAUUCCUGCGCUCCUCCGGCACCAUACUCAGGACGCCGGCUCACGACGCGACCUGCUUGCAACUUACCAAUUCAUUUAUCUUGUCGCCCUACGCCUUGAGUGGCACCAGCCCGUCGCCCGCCGCCCUACACAGGUCACCGACAGCUACCGUCAGCUGCCAUGCGAGCACACUGAGACGCCCUCUCCCAACCCAGUGAUUCCCGAGACGCUACGUGCCACAUCUCAAGAUGGCGGCUCCCAAGUUCAACUCGAACAUCACGCACACCUGACUGACAUGCAUCGCCUUCCCCCCGCAAUAGUGAAGGAAGCCUCAGAGCUGUCCAACUCGCCCUCGCCCGACUACACGGCCACGCCGCUCGAGAGCGACCUGUUCGAGUGGCACUUCACCCUGCGCGGGCCCCCCAACUCGCCCUUCGCCGAGGGCAUCUACCACGGCCGCAUCGUGCUGCCGCCCACCUACCCGCUGCGCCCGCCCUCGUUCCGCUUCACCACGCCCUCGGGCCGCUUCGAGGCCAACCGCGAGAUCUGCCUGUCCAUCUCGGGCCACCACGAGGAGACCUGGCAGCCCGCCUGGGGCGUCCGCACCGCCAUCGUCGCCCUGCGCAGCUUCAUGGAGACCGACGCCAGCGGCCAGAUCGGCGGCCUCAACACGGGCGACGCCGUCCGCCGCAAGCUCGCCGCCGAGUCCCGCACCUGGACCUGCGCCGCCUGCGGCAAGAGCAACGAGGGCAUCAUCCGUGAGGUCGAGGAGCGCUGCAAGGAGCUGGAGCGCGACGCCGGCCCCGGCGACAGGACCGAGGUCGAGGUCCCCGCCGAGCUGAAGAUGGGCUUCCGCGACGAGAUGGACAAGGCCAGGGCCGCGGACAGCUCGCAGGGAAGCGACGGCGCCAAGGAGGACGCCGAGGCGGCACAGCUCGCCGAGGGCUUCGUCCGGACUGCGCCCGAGACCGAGAUGGCGCCGCCCGCCGCCGACGUGGCGAUCCAAGCUGCCCUGCCGGCGAGGCCCGCGCAGAGCGUGCCGCAGCCGACGAGGACGGUGCCACUCCCCGACCCCGUGGGACAGGCCGUGGUGCAGCGGGCGAGGCGGCUGGAUCCGAACGCCGGCAUCCCCGUGUGGGUGGAUUAUGCCAUCAUCGGGCUGGUGGGCAUCCUGAUCGCGAUGCUGAUCAAGAUCCUGUUGGGAUACUGA